GACCAGCGCGCAGUCGUGGUUCGCCUGGUGUAAUGCAUUACGCCUUGCGGCAGGAGCGCUCGUGCACUGCAGCAUCAAAGGGGCCCCGCCCCAAGGCAGGAGGACGGUUGCGGGGACCCCACGACCGUGGGCGGCAAUUCCCGCUUAAACGGCGCCGUCGCCCUGAUAGAUCUGCACGCCAUGCAGCGGUCUCCAGAGUAUCACCGUCUCUUCCCAACCCACGGCGAUAGGGCCAAUGCGUACGGCUUGUACGGAUGGCCGCUGGCCGACAGUGACUUCUACACGAUGGCCUCUUGUCGGACACCGGCGCUGCUGCAUCUGCUGCCCUGUACCUGGAAGCGGCAGGUUCCCAUGAGCAAGAAGGCGCCAGUGGCAUCGCCAAGUGGAGCGAUUCGCAACGGCGGCCUCUGCAUGUGGUGCGAAGGGCGCGUGUACGCCUGCUCGGCACACUGUACCUCGUACUAGUCACAGAGCGGUUGUAGUUAUGCUCGCCUCUAUGCUUACCUCUACAAGAAGAGGCGCACGGCAAUUAAAGAAAAAACAUUUAAUGUUGUACAUAAAACGCAUACGCAAGAAAUGCAGUAACGUCAAAAUAAAACUAAAUAUCGUGACCACGAUCAAUGCAAGAA